ACUAUCUUCCAUAGAUUUCCUACUUAUUUUACUUUCUUUGUUGUUCUUCUUGAACAAAUAGGCGACUUCGGAAGAAAUGGAGAAGCCAAAGCUGAAGCUCUACUCUUAUUGGUUGAGUUCUUGCGCUUGGCGUGUCCGUAUUGCUCUCAAUUUCAAAGGGGUGGAUUUUGAGUACAAGGCAGUGAAUUUGGUAAAAGGAGAUCAGUUUACUCAUGAGUUUCAGAAACUGAAUCCUCUUAGUUACGUGCCGGUGUUGGUGGAUGAGGAUAUUGUGAUUGCUGACUCGUUUGCAAUUAUAAUGUAUUUGGAAGAGAAGUAUCCUCAAAAUCCGUUGUUGCCUCAGAAUCUUCAGAAAAGAGCCCUCAAUUACCAGGCUGCAAAUAUUGUUGCUUCGAACAUACAACCUUUCCAGAACCUUGCAGUAGUGAAGUAUAUUGAAGAAAAACUUGGGUCGGAUGAAAGGCUUUCUUGGGCUCAACAUCAUAUCAAAAAAGGCUUUGCUGCAUUGGAGAAGCUUUUGGCAGGACACACUGGCAAAUAUGCUACUGGGGAUGAAGUUGCCUUGGCAGACUUGUUUCUGGCACCCCAAAUAGCAGGAGCAAUGAAGAGAUUCAAUAUUGACAUGGCUGAGUUCCCAUUAUUAAAGAGGUUGAACAAUGCAUAUUCGGAGCAACCAGCAUUUCAGAGUGCUCUCCCAGAAAAACAACCAGAUGCUCCAGACAACACCAGAUCUUAGGACCAUUUUCUGCUGAGCGCCUACAGGAAUGGUAUUGUGAAGGGUGGAAUGUACCAGCUUAUUGUAGCAUACUAGAAGAAGAAAAGGAGUGACAAAUAAGAAAGGAUUUACGGUUGUGAAAUACAAUAGAUCGAUAUGCAUAUUAUCGUUUUUUUCUGCUUUCUUGAACAGCAUGAAUGUUUAACUCCAUGUAAUAGUCUUUCCUGCAACUGUUACCGUUGGUUGUUACUUAAACACUGACUUUAUAAUAACGUUAUAGCCGUCGUAUAUGUGAGGCAAAGAUGAACUA